CUAAACAAAAUGCACUUGAUUCAUUUCUUUCAGAUGGAACUGGAAGCAUUACGUUCUAUAUAUGAAGGAGAUGAAAGUUUCCGGGAAUUAAGUCCAGUUUCAUUUCAAUAUAGGAUAGGUGAAAAUGGUGAUCCCAAAGCCUUCCUCAUAGAGGUUUCCUGGACAGAAACAUAUCCCCAGACCCCUCCCAUCAUAUCCAUGAACGCUUUCUUCAACAACACCAUAUCCUCAGCCGUGAAGGAGAGCAUAUUAGCCAAGUUACAGGAGGCGGUGGAAGCCAACCUCGGCACCGCCAUGACCUACACGCUGUUCGAGUACGCCAAGGACAACAAAGAGCAGUUCAUGGAGAAUCACCAUCCCGUGAACUCUGCGACAUCCAUAAGCAAUAUCCUCUCAGUUGAAACUCCUAAUGUAGCCCCAUCCAGUAAGAAAAAAGACAAGAAGGAACAGCUUACAAAAGCCCAGAAACGCAAGCUGGCAGAUAAAACAGAUCACAAAGGGGAGCUCCCUCGAGGCUGGAACUGGGUGGACGUGGUGAAGCAUUUAAGCAAAAGUGGCACUAAAGAUGAUGAAUAGCACUUGGAAUUGGAAACAAGGGAAGAGCAUCCUUAAAAAGUAAACUGGGUUCAAACUCGUCACUCUUUUCUGGCAUUGAGGUGGCUUUUUAUAAAACAAUUUUUUUGUAUGUUUCUUACAUAAAAAUGUUUUCAGCUGAAAGUUCAUAAAGAGAUUUGGUUGUAUUAAAUUAUUUUCACAAACUUGCCUUAAUAAAAGGUGAAAUGUUACUGUUUAAUAUACUUUGGAAGUCUUUUGAGCUUUGUCAGUGGAAUAAGGGGAAUAAUAAGUAAUCAGUGUUAACUUAUAUGAUCUUAUUCUAGUGGAUGUGAUUACUUUUUUUUUUUAAGACUUUUCCAAAACUCCUGUCCCAGGGAAUAGAGCACUGAGUGAACAAUUAUUCUGAAGCAUGAUCCAGAUUCAUAAGCUUCUCCUCUUAAUCAAGUGUUCAUCUCUUCUUUCUCUCCAUUACUGAGGCAUAACUUGCUUCAGAGAAACUUAAAUCCUAGUAUUUGAGCUUUACACAUAAUAUUCUUUGUAAUGCCUCCCACCCCACCCCAGGGUGAACUGCUUCCCUGUAAUAAGUGAAUAUUGGUUUAUGCUUUUCUCUCAGUUUGGGUCAUGAUGUUUGAUCAUGAGAGCUUUCCAUGGUGUGUGGAAGAGGAGAAUAUAAAAACGGAUCUGUCUCAUACAUCAGACAGCAUCUGAACAGAAGUGCUGGUUCCAAUUUAAACGUUUCUCUUCACUGCACUACCAAGACAGGAGUACAAGAUGCCUUAAUAUUUAAUUUGUGUAUUGUUGGAGCCAGUGGUCUUAAUAAAUUCCUGUUUAUCUGCUAUCGUA